GAGCGCCAUUCGUCGAGUCGUCCAGGGGGUUCGCCAUACUGAUCUCAGGCCCAGAGCUGAUUAUCUUGGAUGCCACACGGUCUUUCCCUCCUUUCUAUCCUUCCCGUCGUCACAGCUAUCUUCGUCAUCCUCUGGUUCCCGGAAUCCGUGACCCAUCUCGCGACACUCACGACCACGAACUCCUCUUCUACUUCUACGACCAUGGCGGCCUACACGCAAGACACCAUCAUGCUGUUUGGAGACUCGAUUACUCAGGGAGCUUGGGAGCCUGGCAAGGAUGGCUUUGGCACUCGUUUAGCUCAUGUCUACGCGCGCAAACUCGAUGUGCUCAAUCGCGGACUCUCUGGCUACAACACCGAGUGGGCUAUCCCAGUCUUCGAGAAGGUCUUCGCCACCAAAGACCAACAAGCGCACGUCCCCAAAGUCCGCCUCCUCACCAUCUGGUUCGGCGCCAACGACGCCUGCAUCAAGCCCUCCCCUCAACACGUCUCCCUCCCCAAAUUCACUGCCAACCUCAAGCACCUCAUCUCCCUCGUCCGCUCCCCUACCUCCACCCACUACUCCCCCGACACCAAGAUUCUGCUCAUUACGCCGCCCCCGGUGAACACGCUGCAGCGCGGCGCGGACCUGCGCGCGCGGGACCCGCCGAAGGAGCUUGAUCGGGAGUUUAAGGUGACGGAGGCGUAUGCGCAGGCGGUGAGGGAUGUGGGGAGGGAGGAGAGGGUGCCGGUGGUGGAUGUCUUUCAGGCAAUUUGGAGUGCGGCGGGGGAGAAGGAGGAGGAGCUGGCGAAGUUCUUGGGUGAUGGGCUGCACUUGAAUGCCGUGGGGUACGAGAUUAUGUAUGUCGAGCUCCUGAAGGUGAUCAAGGAGAAGUAUCCAGAGCUGGACCCGGACAACUUACGAUACUCAUUCCCUAGAUGGGACGAGGUCGACUGGACGAACCCUGCGCCAUCAGUCAAGCAGCGGUCGAUAGAAAUCCCUCAAUAGAAAUCGAGAGUCGCUGUGCCUGCUGCAUCCACACUUGUGACUUGUCAAUCUCAAUGCGCAGAGACAUCCAUUUUCAAUGGAACGAAGGCACCGCCUCUAAGAGUAGUCCACCGCCGAAAGAAGGAAGAGUAGAGCCCACGGUAUACUACCUACCUGACUAUAUGCGCGCCAGGUACAAGAGAAACACCGGCAGCGGCCAACGGACGACUGUCCAUGGCCCACUGAGCGGUGUUACCUUUUGACCGGCGGCAGCCGCAGCAGAACCCUGUCAUACAAGCUGCGUAAUAAAGCCGGUAGAUUUACGAGUGGGA